UGUUUCCAGUCCACUACUAUAUUUUAUGUUCUCCUGCCGCAGCGUAUUCCUGCCUUGAUUACUGGAUUACCUUUGUCCUAGAAAUCGACAAUAUGUCGCAUGCAGCGAAGGAAACUUUUCCAGAAGCAGAUGCCGUUAGAUUCCACGGAAGCAAGGCGCACCAGUCUCACACCAACCCUGAUCACUCGAACGUACUCAGUUUCUCUGUAACGAAUGCGAAGGAGAAAAGGAUUGCGAGCGGCCACCUCCACGAAAACGGAAACAUCGACUGGGCCGUCGCAAAAGAGAAAGAUAAAGAUAAGGGCAAGCUAAAGACCAAAGGCAAGGGUGGGAGCUCUCGAUCCCAGUCCAACCCGAGCCUACAGUGGGAGCUUGAUGACAAUGGACAGGUCCUGUGGUGGGACGGCGAGAACUGGCGGAAUGGAGAAUGAAUAGAACGAAGAAAAUAAAUCGUGGUAUGCGUAUUACGACGGAGAGUGGGUUGCCUUGAAGUAGGAUCAUGGUAAAGGGUGCGACGGGCUGGAUAUAGAGUGAGCAAGUGUCCAGGGAAAGAAGCCUUGAUGUUCGACAUUGUCGGGACCGUCGGCUUAGAUUCCCCAGGACCCCUUUAAAAUAGCCAUUUAGUUCUAUUUUUGCCUGGAACAGCCUUUUUUUGGUUUGCCAGUCCUCCCUUGUGCUUCCUUUCGCGAGCUGUAUGGGCCUCGGGUAACCUCCUACCCCUUGCCGGCAGUCCUAAAGGAUAAACG